GGGCACUGGGAGGGCUGGAGACGUGCUUUGCAUUGGCAGGCUGGUGAGGACACGUGUCUCCUCCCUGCCUCCCCCCCGGGCUCCACGGUACCGCAUUGGCAUCAGUAAAGGCACCUGAAAGACGAGAAGUAACUCCUGGAAGCGCUGCCUGCCACCUUAUAACCCAAAAGAAAGCGAUCUUACAGGCCUGCAAGAACCUGUGGCUCGCCUUUUGUCGUGCGUAAAGCUUUUGCGCACGCCGCUGAACUGCCUCAGAGACUGAGAAGGUGCGCUACGCGUCGAGCAUCAGAGCGCAGUGCCAAGAUGCAGAAACGGAGCAGCGACGUCUGAAGGUGACAUGAACCUGAGGAUAACGACAGGCUGCAGACGAGCAGUGACUAAAAAGUGGAGAUAGCAACUGAAAACCGACGGUGUCUUCAACCAACAUUUGCGCUUUCCCUCGUGGCUUUAUCUAAUGCAGAGAAUCAAGAGCUGCAAUCCAAAGUAGCCUCAUUUUUUUUACUGACUGGAGGAGACAAACACUAAUUAAGCUGCAGACAGUUCGGAAUCCGGAGAGGUUCGAAAAAUGGCGACGUUAAUCAGAAGCAAGCUUUCCAAUAAACUGACAAAUGCAGCCACGGCUGUGUCCAACAAAUCCCAGGCAAAGGUGAGCGGGAUGUUCGCCAGGAUGGGGUUUCAGGCCGCCACCGACGAAGAGGCUCUGGGUUUCGCCGCUUGCGAUGACCUGGACUACGACCACCGGCAAGGCAUGCAGAUGGACAUUUUAACAUCCGAUGAAAUGGGGGGAGAGGGGAGCGGAGAUGGAAGCGCACUGGAGGGGGACAGCCACUACCAGAGGGACGGCACCGGUCCACCGCACUCUGCCUCAAAGGACGGAGAUCCGACGAACGAGUUGACCGAAGUCAGACCAAAAAUCACCGCUUGGGAGGCGGGCUGGAACGUCACGAACGCAAUCCAGGGGAUGUUCGUUCUGGGCCUGCCCUACGCCAUCCUGCACGGAGGAUACCUCGGACUCUUUCUCAUUAUUUUCGCCGCUGUGGUGUGCUGCUACACGGGGAAAAUCCUCAUUGCCUGCCUGUACGAGGAGGACGAAGACGGACAGCUCGUCCGUGUGAGGGAUUCUUAUGUGGACAUUGCCAACGCUUGCUGCGCGCCCAGAUUCCCGGCUCUAGGUGGCCAUAUCGUGAAUGUAGCCCAAAUCAUAGAGCUAGUGAUGACUUGCAUCCUGUACGUGGUGGUCAGCGGUAAUCUCAUGUACAACAGCUUCCCCAACAUGCCAAUUUCCCAGAAGUCCUGGGCCAUCAUCGCCACCGCUGCUCUCCUCCCCUGCGCCUUUCUCAAGAACCUGAAAGCCGUCUCCAAGUUCAGCUUGCUUUGCACGUUAGCCCACUUUGUCAUUAACGUCCUCGUUAUAGCGUACUGCCUCUCCAGAGCGAGGGACUGGGCCUGGGACAAGGUGAAGUUUUACAUCGAUGUCAAGAAAUUCCCCAUCUCCAUUGGGAUUAUUGUGUUCAGCUACACCUCGCAGAUCUUCCUGCCGUCUCUGGAGGGGAACAUGCAGAAACCGAGCGAGUUUCACUGCAUGAUGAACUGGACUCACAUCGCUGCCUGCAUCCUCAAGGGUCUAUUCGCCCUGGUGGCCUACCUGACCUGGGCUGAUGAAACCAAGGAGGUCAUCACAGACAACCUGCCCCCAACCAUCCGAGCUGUCGUCAACCUCUUCCUCGUGUCCAAAGCUUUGCUGUCGUAUCCGCUGCCGUUUUUCGCUGCUGUCGAGGUAUUAGAGAAAACAUUUUUCAACGAAGCGGGACGCGCCUACUUUCCAGAUUGCUACGGAGGCGAUGGACGCCUAAAGUCCUGGGGACUCACUCUCCGAUGUAGCCUUGUUGUGUUCACCCUGCUCAUGGCCAUCUAUGUGCCACAUUUCGCCCUCCUCAUGGGCCUCACCGGCAGCCUGACGGGCGCAGGCCUUUGCUUUCUGCUUCCCAGUCUCUUCCACCUCAAGCUUUUAUGGAGAAAGCUGCUAUGGCACCAGGUUUUCUUUGAUGUCGCAAUCUUUGUAAUAGGAGGUAUAUGCAGCAUAUCUGGUUUCAUCCACUCAAUGGAGGGGCUCAUAGAGGCUUUUAAAUAUAACAUACAAGAAUAGAUGCAAGCUAUUGCUGGAACUAGAUGUUAACUGCAAGUCUCCAUUUAGUGAAAAAAAUAAAAUAAAAUAAAAUAAAAUUUAAAAAACACAUGACUUCCUGGCGAGCGCAGUCCCUUCUGCUUAAUUCAUGCGUAAAAGUGCGCGCAGAGCACACGCGGACAUUUUCGCACUCAUACAGUGCUUGCAUCAGUCUACACACACACACACACACACACACACACACACAGUUGGUGGCAGUGAGGGAAUCUAAUGCAUCCACAACACACUUUAGCCUACGGACAAUACAUGUUGUAUAAAUAUGCCAACAAGAGUACAUAUACAUAUUUUCCAGUGGAGUGAACGUUUACAAUAUCGACCUUAAAACAAAAUUGCAAAAAGGGCAGUUCGCCUUUUCGUCGCUCUUGUGGUGCUUCCCCACACGAGACUUCACUUCAUGUAACGCUCGAGUUUGUGAUGGACGGACUUGUUGUGAUUUAAUGAUGUUUAAGAUGUUUUAAAGGGAUUAAAACACACGCGCGCGCACACACGCAACACCACUUCUUUUUUUUUAGGUGAUUCGCAAUUUGACUGCGGGCUUUGAGUGUGGUGUUAAACCCCAAAUCGAACGCCUGUGCAUCUAAAAGAUAAAAUAAGACAACGGCAAUAACCGAUAGAAACACACGACGGCGUAAAGACGAUAAAAAGUAAUUGUGAAGUUUCCUGAGAAAUACGCAAAAAUUGACUUUCCCCGAUUAUUUAUUAUUCUGGCAAUGCAAAAUAUCAGAGAGUACACAGCAGCUAAACAAACUAUGCAUUGAAUGUAUGAUAUUUUAGACACAAAUACAUUGAAACUGGGAAGUGGAAAUUUAAUAAUCCUUUAAAUUUCGGUUCAUCCUCGUGUAACAGUAACGCUUUGUUGAUAGGCCUGGUUUGUUUUUUUUCUUCGAUAUUUACUUUAAUUCACUUUUCAAUCGGCAAUAACGUCCACCCCUACAGAUCUCAGCAACACGGGGAGUAUUAAAUGAAAUGAUACACACACAUAAGAAAUAGAACGAAAACACGCACAUGCACGCACACACACGCGGCCUGUUCGUUUUUUUAUUUCUAAUUAAUUUUGAAAAUCUCAUGUCUCGGAAAAAAAAAAUUCGGUGUCUGAAAAUCUAAAAGAGAGAGAUCGUUAAAGAGGAAAAUGUGCAUACAGACAUUUUUCAUUCUGUGCAAUCCAAUGGGUCCUGUGGAAAUGUUAUAAAACCGUAUGUGUAGUGUGUUAUUGUGGUUUCAAAAAGAUGGAAUGUAUAUCUCAAAGUCGUUAUCAUAUAUCGUGAAAAUUAAUAUUAAAGAAUAAAGAAAUAAGUGAAAUUA